AUGAACAACACGGGGCAGCUGCAGGCGCUGCUGCUGUUGGUUUUCUUGAUUUGCGCCUGCUCCUGGAGCGGCACCAGCGCUCGGCCUGGCGGAGUGAAGCUGCAAGCGCAAUUCCUGCGCGCUAUCAAUGCCUAUAAAAGGCUGGAGCGCAGCCUGCCGCCGGAGGAGCUGCGCGCCUUGACGGGCCUGGGGCUGCUGAAUGGCGCACGCCAGACCAAGGAGCAAAUGGAGCAGCACCUGGUGCAGGCUAUCAAGGAGCUGCUGCAGCAGACCGAGACAGAGCCGAGCCACAACAUAUUACCAAAGAUCGAUGCGAUCGAGCAGCAAAUGUCGCGCGAUCAGCACGCGCUCAACAUUCUCGGCAGCGCCAUGGACUUGUUGUGCAACGACAAGAGCGAGCAGCAGUUCCGUCAAGAAGUGCACAGAGUACUCAAGGAGCAACAGCAGCUGCAGCUCCAGACACUUGGCCAGGAGCUGCAUGGCGAGGAGCAGCAGCUGGGCAAGCGAUUGGGGCAGCUGCGCUGCCACAUACUGGAUCAGGUGCCGCAGAUGAAGAGUCAUUUGGAUACGAAAAUCGAGAGAAGCCUGGACUAUAUACUGAAGCAUGCCACAGCUGGCGGGCCACUGGACAAGGCCAGCCACAAGGUCCUCCACAAGCGGGCAGUCAAUGAGCUAAAGAGCCCCGAAAACAUAAAUGACCAGAUCGAUAACAUGCUGGAGGCCAAGUCCAAAUUGGCAGAGGACGAGACGGACUUCCGGGACAAUUUGGUGGUGCAACAGUUCGAGAAAAACGACGACAGCAAAGGCGCAGCUCAGUCGGAAAACGAGUUCGAUGAGCUGGAUAAUGUUUCGCGGAAUAUUACAGCUAAAACCAAGACUCAAACCAAUGCCAAGCAGGAGGAUGAAAUCAGUUCCACGGAGCUUGACGACGGCCCGGACGGCAACGGCGGAGGUGGCGGCGGUCUUGUCGGCAUCAUCGGCAGCUUAAGUGGUGGCGAGGGCGGCUCGGAUGUGGGCGCCCUGAUUGGCGCACUGACGGGCCUCAUUUCGACGCUCUUUGGCCCGGGCGGCCUGGACAUUGAGGCGCUGAUUAGCACGGCAACGUCGCUGCUGUCCGGCCUACUGGCGGGCAACAAGAACUUUGGCACUGUCCUGGGCCAGUACGUGGGCACGGCCUUCGAUGGACUGUCCGGUGGUGGCGGCGCGAUAAACAAUGGACAGUUUCUGGGCAACUUUGUUGGAACCGUUUUGGCCUCGUUGAGCGCAGAUCCCGAAGACGAGGGACCCCCACAGCCAUUUACGUUUACCAAAAACUUUCUGAGCGCCUUUUUGGAGUCGAAAUUGCGGCCCUCCGAGACAUCUGAGGAGCGUCACGGCAGCGCUGAGUUGCCGCGCCAGAAGAAGAAGGAGGCCCACGGCUCAGCUGGCUUUGAUUCCAAUGGCUUCAUCAAGCAAGUCGCCUCGCACCUGGUGAGCAGUGCUCUGGGGCUGCUGCUGAAUGCGGCGCUGGGUGCCUCGGGCGGUGCAUCACAUGCCUCCACGGGGCUCUUUGCCAGCAGCAGCCAUCACAUGAAGCCAGCCGAACACAGGUCGUGGCCGGAAAUCUAG